CCGGCGGUUGAAGUUCAGGGGGUUGGGGUGCCGGGCCGGGGCGAGCUCCGUGGGAGCUGGCCGCAGGGUGGCGGCUCUAGCCCCCGUGGAAGCAGGUCUCUGCGGAGGGCGGCCUGCCGCGCCGGCGGCUUGGCCCCGAUGGAGGCCAGCCUGACCUGCGCCGUCUGCCUCGGCCUCUUUGAGGAUCCGGUCACGCUGCCGCUCUGCUCCCACAACUUCUGCAAGGGCUGCGUGCUGGAGUGCCUGGCCUCCGGGGAGCCCGGCCCGCCUCGCGCGGGCCAGGCCCCGCGGUUCUCCUGCCCGCUCUGCCGGAAGCUCUGCCCGCUGCCGCGCGGCGGCUGCUCGGCGCUGCCCGUCAACAGUACCCUGGCGGAGGUGGUGAAGUUGUACAGGGCCGGCGGGGGCAAGGCGGGGCCGGGGCAGGGCGAAGCGGGGACGCUGAGCCCCCCGCCGGCGUUCGGAGCAGCCUGCGAGAAGCACCCGGCCCGCCUGGUGCAGCUGUACUGCCGGAUGUGCCGCCAGGCGGGCUGCGGCCAGUGCGUGUCUGAGGAGCACCAGGGCAUCUUCCACGCCGUCAACCUCCUCGACACCGUGUACCAGGAGGAGAAAUUAACCUUCUUUAGCAGCCUGAAGAAACUGAGAGCAAUAAAUGAGAACUUGGUGAAGGAACUAUCAAGUCAUCCAAAAGAUACUGAGAUCUUGAACAAAGAAGCAGAGAUAAUUAUGUUGGAAUUUGAAGAAAUUUUCAAAACUCUGGAAAUGAGAAAAAAGGAAUUGCUAGAAGAUAUUGAAAGUCAGAGAAGUAAGAAAGAGAGAGAAUAUCAAAUUUGGAAGAAAAUGAAGGAAACUCACAAGAAAACCAUUGAGAGUUUCCUGAAGGAUUGUGAAAAGCUUAUUGAUGAAUGUGAUCCUGAGCAUUUCCUGGAGGUGGCCUGUGGCUUGAAUAAAAGAAUGAAGACGCAGCUUGACCUGAUGCACAUAGCAUCUAGCUAUGAAAAAUCGCCAGAGUCUACCCAAAAGCAAAUGGAUAUCAAAUCCGUGGUUAAUGAAAUCUUGGCCUUACAGCUGACUUCAGUUGAUUCAUGCGUCAUUAAAGAACUUUCUUCUGGAGGAAAUGAAGGUUUAACAGGAAAGUGUGCAUAUAAAAAUAGUGCAAAACAAUGGAAAGAUCAGAAAAACAUACACAACACAUAUUAUCCUGUAGUGGGACAUGAGGAAACUUUGACUGAUGGUAGUGAAAUCUGUACUCGCUUAAUGUCAAUAUCAGGAAUGUCAACGUUUCAGAACAUGAGUCAUGAGGAAGUACGUUAUAAUUAUUAUAUGGGUCAUCGGACAUCAGAUCAGUUGAAGAUGCAGAUUUCACCUGCAAAUACGAAGCAUACAUUUGUGAUAACUGAUUCUUCGAAGGAUAUGUUUUCAGCUGUUUCCCUUCUGUCCUCACCUCCCAAAGUGAAAGAUGCACAGAGAAUAAGAACACAAAAAUUACAAAAAGGAAGUUUUAGUAACAGUAGUUUUUCUAGUUCCAGUAGUUACAGAUUCAGCUUUCCACCGGUGAACUGGAAUUUCUCUGAAUUGAACAGUAACUUGAAGUUAUUUAAUGGAACAAAAUCUCCGGAAGCAAGCAAACUAACCUUCCCAUCAGAAAAUUUCAAUGGCUUGGAAAUAAAAAACAAAGUAAAAAUGGCUCAAUCCUCACCGGUUCCCAUUUCUGCAAAAACACUAGCAAGUCCUAGCACUUCAACUGGCUUACCAGAAUCAGCAACAAAACCUGUUCCUGUUUCAAAACCCACCUUUUUAGGUGCUCCCACACAGAGCCUUUCUGCUCCACAUUUUAUCCCUAAUUCGAGUAAUAACUCAACCUUACCCAAUUUAAAUAAGGCUGCAGCUACAUUUUUCUUCAAAAAAGAGAAGAAUAAUUCAGUUUUCCCCACUUUUUAUGUGGGAAGGUCUGAUACUCAAGAUGAAAUGGGCAAACAACAUGGAAAUUGUACAAAGUUUAACUCUUCAGCUUUAACUGAGGCUAAAGCUUCUACUGCCUCUACAAGUCCUAAACUAGAGUCAUCAGAAAGUGGAAAGCCAGUUUUUUCAUUUACCUUUAGCAAUUCGGAAAGAGAUUGUUUUACAGUGUCCAAACUCAGCAAUUCAUUGAAGAUUUCACCAUUUUCCAGCCUAUCUGAGAAGCCAGCUGAACAAAGUACAAUAUUUCAGAUCAGAGAAGAGAACGUUUCUGUAAGCAAAGAUGUAGAAUAUAACUGGCUAAAAUCUCCUACAGUAGUCCCUCAGGAGCAGAGUACCAGUACCCCAGAUUCCACUGCUACUAUAGCCUGUACUACAUGUAGUAGUGACACUGGAAAGAGAGAUGUUUCCAAGACCCAGCCUUCCCCCUGCAAUAACAUAUUUUCCUUCUCAUCCAAUAAUUGUAUUCUGGAAUGUAAAUCUUCACCUGUAAUCUCAUUUGAAGGCACUGUCAAAAGUACUUCCAACUCACUAUCUUCCUCCUCAAUGCUGUUUUUAUCUAAUAAUAAUAAAAGUGAAAGUGAAAAAAUGAAAACAGAAUCAAUUGACAAUGCACAUCCAGUUGUAGAAAAAUCUACACCUCCAAUAUGUACAAUGGCCAUAUCUGAACUUACAAGUCCAAAGUGUAGCAAUUCUUUUUUUUCUUUUGACCUAUCUAUGAAGACUGAAACUGAAGACACUCUUGCUCAACAGAAUUCUAUGUGUGGUCCAGCUGUAGUCAGCUCUCUGUUUUCAACAGGCCUUCCUAGUAAAGAAAGUAAUGUAUCUUCCACUCAUCCUAGUGGUGCAUCAACUAAACCUCAAAUAGAUGUGAAAGUUGAAGAUAGUUUAAAUAUUGCUGAAACCUAUAAGUCUCACCAAGAUUUAGAAGAGAUUUCCAGGAAGGAAGAUGAACUUGACACUCUGCAGUUACAGAAUGCAACUUGUCUAACUCCAGUGACAUGUAGUGAUACAUUUUUAGGAGGCUCGGCACAUGCAGUAGGUAAAGAACAUGAAACACUAAAUCAUUCAGAUUCUGAUAUAGAAGAGCUAAGUCAGGCAUCAAUGUCUAGUGACUGUAGUAGUGCAUCAGAAUAUUUUUCAGUUGCAGAAGACAAAAUAACAGCUAGUGAAAAAACAGGUACGUGUACCAUAGAGAAUGAAAUGGAAGAGAAUUGCCUUCAAGGUAAAUGAUACUCAGAUAUCUGUUUAGAUGUGUUGGAACUAGGUAAAUGUUUCUACUGAAAUAUAUAACCAGUUUAAAAAGAGGUGAUAUCCUGGGUUUUUUUCCUAGAGCUCUUUGUAUUUGCCGUGAAUCUUAAAUGGGGUCUUUAAGUAAUAAAAACAACUAUCACAAUCAACUAGAAUUCAAAAGAAAGUAGGGAUACUAUUUUUAUGGUUCAAACUGAUAAAACUGAGUGUCAACCUCCAAAAUGUCUUCCAUUGUUAGAAAUCAUUUUUAACCUUAAAUUCUAUAUCCUUAUGAAAGUUGAAGCUGGAACUGUAGUUUCUUGUCUCUCCACCAGUUACCCCAAAAUGUGGAACUAAAUCACUCUCAUUCUGGCCUGCCUAUAACCAUAAACCAAUUUUUAAUUUGUUCUGUCUAAAUGGGUAAUAGAGAGAUGGCUUGCCCUAGAGGAAAUGCCAGGGUUUACCAGUUAUUUUGUCUCUGGCCCACAGAGGACUGCCAAAGCAAACUAAUUCUGCUAACCCAUGGGAGGACACGGAUACAGCCUUCUGCUCAAAGGAUUGGCAUACAAGCAGCAAUUGUUCGAAAACAGUGUCAUUUAUUUAAAGGAAAAUAAGCAGUUAACAAUACAUUCAGUAAAGCAAGAAAGAAUACACUAAUCUAUUAAGACAUAGUAAACCACUAUUAAAUCUUAAUUAGAAAUCAUAUAAAAGUCGCAAAAUAAAAUAAGACACAGACAGCACAGAACACAUAGAUACGUAGACCAUGUAGCAGUUAUAAUGUAAAAUUCAAGGUACAUAGAGAUCCCCCUUGUACACCUUCAUAAAGCCCAACCAGUUAGUAAACAUUGUAUAUGUACAGGGAAGCAUUACAAUGUUACGAAUUGGAGAUCUCCAUGUGUUUUAAUGUGUAUAUAUGAAGCCUACAUGUAACAUUACAGUAUAAUCCUAAAUUUAAUAUAAUAUAGCAUACAAAGCUUCUAUACAUAGACAUAAGAGAACAUCACAGUAUUAUAUAUUAAUGAAAUAUUUACUAGUUAACACUGACAUCCUACCAGCAUUGGCCAAAGGGUUUCAGGAUGGGUGUGGUGGCUCUCACAAAUGCAGGCAUCCAGCUUUAUUUACAGGCACACCCAGUUACUCCUUAAGAUAAAGUAUAAAAAUCAGAUUUACACUCCUUCACUAUAAAAUCCCUCUGUAUUAUCUUUGCUCCUUCUGCUCUGUCUGAAAAAGCCUGUUGGUGCUGUUGCUGCUGCUCCUCCAGUUGCUGCCUUGGACUGCUGCUUCAGGCAGUUGCUUCCUCAGCUUGCUCUCUAGAACCUUCUUUUUCUGCCUUCCCUGUUCUUCAGUCUUGCCUGUUCUUAUUCAUCUGGCUUCUCUCUCACACGCACCAGCCUGCUGACUGUCAGCCUUAUAUUCAGUUUCUGGCCUUCUCUGGCUGAACUAGUAUAAUUAGGCAGGGAAGAUCUAUGCUAAUUUCUGAACUCGGUAAAGCAACCAGUCAGCUUCAUCUGUCAUUCAAGCUGGUUGAUCCUUCUCCUGAGACUUCUUUGCUAUUAGCAUAGCUUUUCCUCCUAGCCACACCCUUUAGUUCUCUUGGAAUAUGCUGUAUCAUUCCCAUUGAAUUAUCUAAUCCUUAUCUCCUCUCAGUCAAAUCUGCUUCCAUUUUGAGGUUUCUAAUAGGAAAUCAUUGUGGCUGCCAUUUCGGAUCUUUUUAGCUCUAAACUAUCAAUUAUUACUUGCCUAAAGCCUUAAUUCUAAAAUGAACUAUUGUUUUGAGCAAGCUAAAGCAUUGUGAUACUGUCACCAUGCAUUGGUAGGUUAAUUUGGAGAUGUGGUUUUUAAAAUGUUUUAAACCCCUCUCUAGCUGUUUUUCUGCAUGUCUCUGUCCUGUGUGCAGUAGGCUGCUACAGAGGAUCAGAGCAACUUAAUAAAAACCUUCUUGUAUUAGCAAUAAAGAUAUGGAAUGAUCUUUCGCUGCAUCUUGACUGUUAUCCAUGCCAUAUUAUUUAGCAUAAAUUGAACAUACAGUUCUAAGCCACUUUAUUCCAGUAAUAGAACAUUUAGAUUUCCAUGCUUUUAAAAAUAAAACCUCUGAAUUAAUAUUCAAAACCAAUUCUUACUGUUAGUGUAUGUUGGAGAACAUUGCUUACAAUUUAUUAAAUACAAUCCUAAAUCAAUAAUAACACACUCAUUUUGAGUGAGCUGGUGAUAGCGAAUUUUUGCAUGAUGGGCAGAGAUUUCCAUAUAUUGAGCAAAUCAAGUGUUGUGGAAAAUAAAUUCUGAAAACAGAAAAACCUACAUAAAGGCUAGUAUGACAGCAAAAAUGAUAACAAUGGCUAUGUUGCAUUAAAUCGCCUAAUGAGGAAGGAUUAAUCAGGUGAAUUUUCAGAUUGUGAAAUAUAAUACAUACUAGAGAUAAAAAAAAAAAUAA